AUGGUAUCCACCGUAGUGGGCGAAUCCGGUCGCGUUUAUGUCAAAGGCGAAGUGCUUCAGCGUCAUCAUAAGGACCAUAACCUCAGCAUCUUCAAAGCUGACUCCGAAAAUGAGUCUUUUGUCGUCAAGCAAGUGCCAAGAACAUUUUACAAUCUGUCUCUACGUCUCGUUGCCGAGUUUGCAGGCUCCCGCCGGCUUCGAAUGCACACCGACUGUAACCAAAAAGAAGGCGUUCUAGUGUAUCCUUAUUAUAGAAGCACCCUGCUUUCAUUGAUCCAGGACAGUCCGGAUUUUCCUACGCUAGAACGAAAGAAAAUCCUACAAGGCACAGGAGAAGCAAUACGAGAGCUUCACAGCAAAGGCUGGAUACACAGCGAUGUAAAGCCUGAUAAUAUAUUAGUCAAUUGGACUUGCGAUGACCAGGGCAAUAAAUCAGUCACUGAUGUUGCACUAGGCGAUUUUGAUAUUGCUUACAAGUUGGAAGAUGAACAGUUUCGUCAGACCCCUUAUGCAAUAGGUAACGCGAUGUGGCGAAGCCCAGAGGGACAAACCGGAAUAGUGACCAAGGCGUCAGAUGUGUUCUCGUUUGGACUGGUGUGUAUAUACGCUCUGGGGGGCGGUGACCUCCUCCUCCUAAACGACUAUGAAGAACUCGUAAAGAGCCGCACUACCGCAGAACAGGAGAUACUAACUCGGCAUUUUUCCUAUUUCGGAACAGUACCGGAAGGGCUCUUUGAGCAGAUUAACAACGAAAAUUGGCGUCGCGCUUUGGAGGCAGCUUCAGCAGUGGCUGAUGAGGCAGUGAAGGAACAGCCUGGAUUAAGAUUCGAACACUGGGGUGCCGAGCUUGGUCCUGAGGCACAGGAUAUGAUAUCUGGAAUGACAAGCCUGGAUCCUACAACAAGAACAACAAUCGACCAAGUUGUGACGCAUCGAUGGUGGCAAGAAACCACUUAA